AUGCUUAGAUUUGCUCGUCAGCUUUCGUCAUCAAGACAUGUCUUGAAAGGUCAAAACUUGACCGAGAAGAUAGUGCAAACAUACGCUGUGGGAUUGCCCAAGGGUAAAAUAGUGAACUCCGGGGAUUAUGUAUCAAUCCAGCCUGCUCACUGUAUGUCACACGACAAUUCGUGGCCUGUAGCGCUCAAAUUCAUGGGUUUGGGUGCUUCGCAGGUUAAGGACCGCAAGCAAAUCGUCAAUACACUGGACCACGACGUGCAAAAUACUACCGAAAAGAAUCUAACAAAAUACAAAAAUAUCGAAAAUUUCGCCAAGAAACAGGGCAUCAAUUUCUACCCGGCUGGCCGUGGUAUUGGCCAUCAAAUCAUGAUAGAAGAGGGCUACGCUUUCCCUUUCAAUCUGACAGUAGCCUCAGACUCACAUUCCAACACAUACGGAGGAAUCGGGUCUUUGGGAACACCCAUAGUUCGUACCGAUGCGGCAGCCAUUUGGGCUACCGGCCAAACAUGGUGGCAGAUUCCACCAGUGGCUCAGGUUGAGCUAAGAGGCGAGCUUCCCCACGGCAUUUCCGGUAAAGACAUUAUCGUGGCAUUAUGUGGGAUUUUCAACGAGGAUCAGGUUUUGAAUCAUGCAAUCGAAUUCACGGGAGGCUCUCUAAACAAAAUUCCUGUGGACUACAGACUCACCAUUGCCAAUAUGACCACAGAAUGGGGAGCGCUUUCGGGAUUGUUCCCUGUGGACCAAACUUUGAUCGAUUUCUAUCACCAAAGACUUCAAAAAGUUGGUCCUAACCAUCCUAGAAUAAAUGAACAACGUAUCAAUGAGCUUACUCGGCAAAUGGAUGCUCUUAAGGCCGAUGACGAUGCCGUGUAUGCCAAAAAGCUCGUUAUUGACCUCAGUACCCUGACACAUUACGUUUCAGGUCCUAAUAGUGUCAAGGCCUCAGCCACAGUCCAAGAUUUGUCAAAACAGGAUGUCAAAAUCAACAAGGCCUACCUAGUGUCGUGCACAAACUCUCGUUUGAGUGACUUGGAAGCUGCGGCUCACGUUGUGUGUCCAACUGGCGAUCUAAACCAGAUCAAUAAAGUCGCUCCUGGUGUCGAAUUUUACGUUGCAGCUGCAUCGUCCGAAGUCGAAGCCGAUGCUAAAGCCUCAGGUGCAUGGGAAAAGCUAUUGCGGGCUGGGUGCAAAACCCUUCCAGCUGGGUGUGGUCCAUGUAUCGGUCUUGGCACAGGUCUAUUGGAACCAGGCGAAGUCGGCAUCAGUGCUACGAACCGUAACUUCAAAGGUAGAAUGGGUUCCAAAGAUGCAUUGGCCUACCUUGCAUCGCCAGCUGUUGUCACCGCUUCUGCGCUGCUCGGCAAAAUCGGAUCUCCAGCCGAGAUUCUAAAGGAAGAAGAUCCUGCUUUCAACGGCGUUUCCGGAUGGGUCGAGGACGUUCCUAAAAAAGCGGCACAGGCUUCUGCAGAGCAAACUGGUCCUGUCGAGAUGCUCAAGGGUUUCCCGUCGCGCAUAACGGGUGAACUUGUGCUAUGUGACGCUGACAACAUCAACACCGAUGGUAUCUACCCCGGUAAAUACACCUAUCAGGAUGAUGUGUCGCGCGAGAAGAUGGCUGAAGUGUGCAUGGAGAAUUAUGACGCUCAAUUCGGAGCCAAGGUCAAAGCCGGCGACAUCGUCAUCAGUGGCUUCAACUUCGGUACGGGCUCUUCCAGAGAACAGGCUGCUACUGCACUUUUAGCCAAGGGUAUCGAACUUGUCGUUUCUGGUUCCUUUGGCAAUAUUUUCUCGAGAAACUCGAUAAAUAAUGCUCUUUUGACGCUAGAGAUCCCAGCCCUCAUCCAAAUGUUGAGAGAGAAAUACAAGGAUGCUCCUCAAGAACUCACAAGAAGAACUGGUUGGUUUUUGCAAUGGGAUCUACCUAACAGUAAGAUUAUCGUCACGGAGGGCUCUUUGGACGGCCCUGUCGUCCUGGAACAAAAAGUCGGUGAACUUAGCAAGAAUCUACAAGAGAUCAUUGUAAAGGGUGGUCUUGAAGGCUGGGUAAAAUCUCAGCUGUAG